UUCCGGUGUCAUGUCUGCUUUCAUAGCCAACUCGUGUCUUGACUAAUGAAGUUCAUUACACAUGGAUCAUACAUUUAGCUUUAUUGUGGUGCGUUAGUUUGACAGGUUGUUGUCUUAUUUCGCUAUUUAACCACACGGAUACACACGAGUUUUCAGACAUGGCAGAAGCAAUAUCGGAGAAAAGCCGUGGACGGACGUUUGCAGAGCAACAAAUGCUUCGCCAUGGUUGGCAACCAGGGAAGGGUUUGGGACGCCACGAAGAUGGAAGGUCUGAACCGAUCAAAGUCAAAGUGAAAUGCGACAAAGGAGGGGUUGGUCAUAAGCUCGGUGAACAGUUUACCUUCAAUUGGUGGGACCAUGUCUUCAAUAAGGCUUCCUCAAAUUUGUCAGUUGAAAAUGGUCAGGAUGGGAUUUUGAUGAAGAAAGUUAAUGAUGAUGAAGAAGAUAAGGGGAUGAUCUCCAACAAACGACCACUCAAAGCCAAGCUAUCUAAAGGCAUGCAGUAUGGAUGCUUUGUCAAGUCAGCUACUCUUCUGAGUGGACAAGAACAGCCCGAGCAAAGAGCAUCAAGUUCAGAUGACAGUAGUGACUCUGAGGACGAAGAUCUGAAACUCGACCUCUCCUCUGCCACCAACUUGACUGAUGCUCAACUGCUGAAAGUUUGUGGAGGAAGGACUGCUCACAAGGGAGCCAGACACGGGCUCACCAUGAGUGCCAAACUUGCGAGACUGGAGCAGCAAGAGCAGGAGUUUAUGGCCAAGUACGGCAAGAAGGAGCCAUCAGCGGGCCCUAGCACUAAAGUCACUACUGCCCCAGCUACACAGGACCCCAGCAAUGAAGACAGUGUCCCUAAAAAGAACAAGCGCAAGAAAGACAAGCAAAAGAGCAUUGAGACUGAAGAGAUCCAGCCCAUUGUAACAAAUGGAGAUAUGGAUGCCUCUGAGGGCAAUGAUGAUGGCAGGAAACGGAAGAAGAAAAAGAAGAAGAGUUCCAAAGAAGAGCGAGCAGAGGUAGAAGCAGCGGAAACCACCGUGGAAGCUUCUCUGGAGGACCAGAACACUGAGGACUCCACGACAAAGAAGAAGAAAAAGAAGAAGAAGAAGAAGCAGUCCUCAGAGACCAAAGAGGAGGAGGCACAAAGCGAACCCAGAGAGCAGGUGCCAGACGUCACGGAAGGCGAUGAGAGAACGAAUGGGAAGAGCAAAGCGAAGAAAAGAAAAAUGGACGGCGAAAAUGAAAAUGGAUUUCCGCAUGGCGACUCCACUAAAAGUAAAAAAAGCAAAAAAAAGGGAAAGAGGAAAGAUGAAAACCUUGCAAGUGACUGCUGAUUUCUGAUGAAUAGCCCUUAUUUUUAUUGUUGUACAGUGCAGUGCAAUGCAUUUGCACCAUAGUGGCCUCCAUCAAGGCCUUUUAUGGUAUUGAGGGGAGGUGUCAGUAAUGGACUAUUUAAUGGAUUAUCGCUCAUAAUUUGUACAGAUGACUGAACUGUUCUCAAUGAAGUGCCUAAAAGUGUUGCUAGGUAUGAUUUGGUGAACAAUCAAUUGAAAACUAUUUUUAAUGCAUUUGUUGGGUAGACUGUCAUGAUAUUCUGCAUAUGCCCAGAUAUUGAGAUAUUAUAGAUACAUUAUAUUAAAUUUGUUCUAUAAAGCUUCUGCACUCUUAUGAGUUGCUCCAUGGACUGACUUGUGAAGUAGUGAUGAAUUCUAGUCAUUUGUCUGAACUGACAGAAGCACUGGUUUUAGGUGUUCCUGAGAAACAUACUCAAACAUGGUCCACAAAUUCAGUUAGUUCUUAUUCAGCAUACAGUUCUUGCCAAAUGAACAUUAGUGUAAAAUAUUAACAAUGCCUUUUCCAGGAUACUUGACAUUUGUUGAUGUUGAUGUACAAUGGCUUGAUUGAGCUGUGGCCUUAAGUAAAAUAUUGUUGGCGUCUUAA